UUGAGCCUGAGAGUUCCAAAUACCAUUGAAGUUCAAGGCUUGAAGCAUGGCUUUCAGUAAAUUUCAACAUCUUGUCUUAGGUGCUUUCUUUCUUAUGAUACUUCCUUAUGCAGUGGCAUAUGAUACUUUGGAUCCAAAUGGGAACAUAACAAUCAAAUGGGAUAUCAUGUCCUGGACUCCAGACGGUUAUGUUGCCGUAGUGACCAUGACCAACUUCCAAAUGUACCGACACAUCAUGAGCCCUGGCUGGACCUUAGGAUGGGUGUGGGCUAAGAAAGAAGUAAUCUGGUCAAUGGUUGGAGCUCAAGCGACUGAUCAAGGUGACUGUUCCAAGUUUAAAGGAAACAUUCCACACUGCUGUAAAAGGAACCCCACAGUUGUUGACUUGCUCCCUGGAGUCCCUUACAACCAACAGAUUGCCAACUGCUGCAAAGGUGGGGUUGUAGCAUCAAGGGGACAGGACCCUUCUUCUGCAGUUUCUGCCUUUCAGCUAAGUGUUGGCCUUGCUGGUACUUCUAACAAAACUGUGAGACUGCCUAAGAAUUUCACUUUGCUCGGUCCUGGACCAGGCUACACAUGCAGUCAGGCAAAGAUAGUGCCAUCCACAAUUUUUCUGUCAGCCGAUGGUCGCCGAAAAACUCAAGCAUUGAUGACUUGGAAUGUGACAUGCACUUACUCUCAGAUUCUGGCUUCAAAGAACCCAACCUGUUGUGUCUCCAUGUCAUCUUUCUACAACUCAACAAUCACCAAUUGUCCAACUUGUUCUUGUGGCUGUCAAAACAAGAACAACUGUGUCACGAGUGCUUCACAGAUCAAGAGUGUUGUGGGAAUGAACUCGGCAACAGGCUUGACUUCCCCUGUGCUGCAAUGCACAGAGCACAUGUGCCCAAUUCGUGUUCAUUGGCAUGUGAAGCUGAACUAUAAGGAGUAUUGGAGAGUGAAGAUAACCAUUAUGAAUUUCAACUACGAGUUUAACUACACUCAGUGGACUCUUGUUGCCCAACAUCCAAAUCUUAACAAUGUCACUCAAGUUUUUAGCUUUGACUACAAGCCCCUCAUCCCAUACAAUUCCAUAAAUGACAGUGGCAUGUUCUAUGGUUUAAAAUUUUUUAAUGAUAUCCUGAUGGAAACCGGACCAGAUGGAAAUGUCCAGACAGAGUUGAUUCUACAGAAGGAUAUGAAUACUUUCACAUUCAAGGAAGGUUGGGCUUUCCCACGGAAAAUCUACUUCAAUGGGGAUGAAUGCAUGAUGCCCUCAGCAGAUCAAUACCCUUACCUACCAAAUUCUGCCAAUACAAAUACACUUGCAUCAGCUAUCGUGGUUCCUUUUCUGCUCUUGGUUUUGCUAGCCUUCUAGUGACAAGUCAAGCAGCAGAGAUGAAACUGGAAAAAUUAAUGAGAUGAGUGUCUUGGUGGAUUUGGGGUCAACUGCAUCCUGAUUCCAAAGGUAUGUGUUUAUACAGAAGAGGGAAUUUAAGAGUUCAAGCGGUAGAUUAAAUGUAUAGAAAUGUUAGAUGCGCAGUGUGUAAUGAUUGUAUAGAUAGAAACCAAUAAUUAUCUCUUCUUUUU